ACACACGGGCAUAUUGUGGCCAAGCCCAGUUUCCUGUGCGCCGCACAGGGCCUUUAUAAGACCCCUGCCCCCACACCCGCUCACGCAGAGACGCUGCAGCGCAGUUACCCGAAAGCAGAAGUCCGGGGCAUGGGGCCAGCCAUGGGGCUGCUGCUCCGUAGCCUCCUGCUAUUGGCUCCAGGGGGUCUGUGGCUCUCCUCCGGCCAUGUGCAGCUGGAGGGCUUGGUGGGUGAGUCCGUGUAUUUCCCCGCCCUGCGCCCCGUGGCCAGGGACAUCGUCCGCAUCCUGUGGUUUUCGGAAAGGCAGGGCACUCACAUCGCAGAGGCCAAACCCCAGGCCCAGGUGUUCAACGUCAAUUUCUUACCCAACUUCAGCCACCGGCUGGCCAUCCACGCCGGGAACCUCUCCCUGGAGAUCCGCGCUCUGCGGCUGGAGGACCAGGGGCCGUACCGCGCCGUUGUGGAUAUCGCCUCAGACCCUACCAAGCCCAGGGCGUUCUCCUAUGAGCUGUCAGUGCGAGAACGUGGGCAGGAAGGGGACAUUGGCAAAGGAGGAACCACGGACCCCCCAGGAGGCGGAGGACGGAGAACAUCGACGGGCCCCCCAGCAGGAGGACGGAGAACAUCGACGGGCCCCCCAGCAGGAGAACGGAGAACAUCGACGGGUCCCCCAGCAGGAGAACGGAGAACAUCGACGGGUCCCCCAGCAGGAGGACGGAGAACAUCGACGGGCCCCCAGGAGGCGGAGCGCCUGUGA